CAAACCACAACUGCUUGUCAGCCAUGGGAAUUGGAAGCAUCUCAGUGUCGAUCCUUUAACAUUCCCAUUCUUGCUUAAUACGGAGUACGGAAACACUCAGCACCUUUACAACCACUUAAGUUGCGACCACCACCAUAUGACGUUUUUGGCUCCCCCGCUACAAGAUUGGCUAGAUUGGCUCACGCAUUUUAAACUCUAGGAGGGCAGGGACCCCCUCUAAUUGCCGGCUCCCAGCGUCGAUAUGAGAUCAACAUAGCAUAAGGCAGAGAAGCAGAGAGGGAGACGACGCGCAGACACCACCACGUCUGCACGUGCUACCGUGUAUCUAGGUGUUCGUGGUGGUGGUGGUGUGGUGGUGUGCUUCCCAAGCUCCGAUGGAAGCCCGAGGAAGCCUGAGGUUUAACGCCCUCGAAACGAAACCGAAAUCCCAGAAAGGUUUCCAGCAAUACGAGGCGCACGGAGUGCCUCCGGCACAAGGUGCCCCCGUGCGCAAGUUCCCGAUCGUGGCGAGUUUGACAAUUGUGCAGCAAAUGUGACAAAAGAAAUUCGCAAGGUCUGUUCAUUGAGGUGAUGAGUUGAUUUGUAAUGUCUGCAUUACAUCAAUAUCACACCAAUUCUCAUGGAUAUCACUGUUCGCCCCCUGGGUAAUGCUCACAACCUGAGGACGUUGCAGGGGCUUGUGUGGAUUCAGUUAUCCUUGGAAGGGUUGGUUGUUGGGUAAUGAUCGAUCACACAUUGAAUCAUUUAUAGUUUUAUACGACAUGCGAGAUCUUAUUUCUUACGCUACGGCAGACAGUGACGGGCAUUGCACGUCGAAAUCCAUUUGAGCACCGCCCAUCACGGAUAGAUUAGCGAGAUCUCAAGUCUCAAGUGAGUCCUUGGUCUCGCUCAGCUGGAUGGACCCUUACACCAACUUAUGGCCAGCACGGGAACAUAUGGAACUUCGAUAGCCAUUGCAAAAUCAUAGUUGGCGCCCAGUAGGUCUAAUCAACAUCUCCUGGCUCCAUGAACCUUCACGUCCUCCCCCUCCCAGCCACCACCUUCAGAAGGCAACUCCGAUUUCAAGUAAAUCAGCUUGACGUCUGCCUCUGGUUGAAGUUAGUCCACGCAUGGUCAGUAUGUAUUACUUAUUAACCGCGAUGUCAUUAUUUGUGAACCGUAAAGUGUUCAAACAUGUGUACAUAUCCGUUCAAUUGUUUCCAGCAACCAAUAUGUCCAUCCCAGUUGCGCCG